GAAAGGAAAAUGCUGCGAUCAAAGUACACGUAUCGUGAAGAACGGUCAAUGUGGGAAUUUUUAUACGAGUUAGUUGAUUGCUUUAUAUUUUGUUACUUGUAUGCGCAUAUCAACUGGUCACAUGCAUCUGGACGUGUGAGAUAUGUGUUGUGCAAGAGACGUGUUUGAGCUGUACUCGGCUUUGCAACUUCACAUUUGUCUGUAAGAAUUGGAAGAGUCAGUUACAUGUUGUUGGCUGUGAGGGAGCUGAAAGCGAACUCAGAAGCAGCACUCAAACCAAAAGGACACAUCCUGUGGAAGAAAUACGCAGAAAGUGGUAGAACGGCUAAAACUUCAACUUCUCUUACGUCGCACUUCCGGAAACAGAUGUAUGACCACAUUGAGGAUGCGAGGUUGCCCAUUGAUCGGGUUCUGUACAUCGCUAACGCGCUAGAGAUGGAUUUGUCUAGAAAGAAAAAGUUGUUGGAAGCCAGACAUGAUGUAAAACUAUCGUUUAAUGCAUUUAAUACUCGUGCGACUUAUAUAAAGAACGUAGAAACUGAACCUGAAGCAGUUAGAGCAGUCCCAGCUCCUGAUGCUAUGCAGAGAGGAGGGUUGCGUAAAAGGAUAAGGGAAGAUGAUGUUGCGCAGACAGUGUCGAGUUUGCUGAUGGAAAGAGUGGGAAGUGACUCACAUCUAACAAGCAGCGAAGAAACUUACGCAAAGAGGUGUACACGCAGUGGACGUGUAUUCGCAAAAGAAGAAAAAGAAAAAAUCGAAUCAGAAGAUAUGGAGCUUUCGCCAGAUGCUCAGAGGUUAACGUGUAGCAGUAGUUCAGCCAUGAAUUUCCAAAAUGGGCUUUUUGAAGAGUCAGACGAAGAACAGUCGGAGGAAUUUUCAAAAAGUAGGGAAGAAGAUGAAUUUGUGGACAGAUGUGAAGCCGAUCGACAAAGGCUUCUCGCUGCAGCGAGGAAGCAUCCAGGAUACUGUUACGUCAUGGAAGUUGCGCUAGACACUGAGCUGGAUCGAGUAAUUAAAGAGGCUUAUCAAGAAAAAAUACCUCUUAUGGAUUUCAUAGGAAAGCAAAUCAUGGUCCUCUCUGAUGAGCUACCUCGUCUGUUCGAUUUGAGACUCCGUCCCUCUUGA